AUGUACCACAACAAUCUGACGCCUGACAUGGAUUCAGUCUCUCCCACCUGCCGGACAGAGUCUCCUGUCGGGACACUGAGCCAGAAGACGCCAGAGGAGGCGAGCUCUCCUGCCUCCUCCUCAGAGAGCAAUGCAAAGGAGGUCUGCCAUGACAUGAGCGCGCAAGACACUCCGUUUGUUCCAACAGUUACAGCAAUUUCCUCUACCCCAGAUUUCCAGUGGAUGGUCCAGCCUACAAUUAUUACAUCUGUCUCCCCGUCUCUGGGCAGCAAGCAAGCCAAUGAACCGCAAAGCUCUCACCAGGCAACACCCAAAGCAGGCGGGAAUAAGGGAAAAAAUGCUGUCAGAAAGGGAAAAGCGGAGCAGCUGUCUCCAGAGGAGGAGGAGAAAAAGAGGAUAAGAAGGGAGAGGAAUAAAAUGGCCGCAGCCAAGUGUCGCAACAGACGGAGGGAGCUGACAGAUACUCUGCAAGCUGAGACAGACAAGCUGGAGGAGGAAAAGGCGGCGCUGGAGACGGAAAUAGCCAACCUCCUCAAAGAGAAAGAAAGGCUCGAAUUUAUCCUUGCUACGCAUAAACCGGUGUGCCAGAUGUCAGAAGAGCUCGAGUCUAUUUUCCAGGAGCCCGCGGGGUCCCCGGAGCUGCCGCCCAGUCCUGACGAGGACAGACUUCCAGAGGAUGGCAUCCAGGAGGCUCCUUCACUCCAGGACAUGGACAUCCCCAGUGAUCCGUCCACAGCCAUCUCCGGGAACUCCAAUAUCUUGCUGUGCGCCAGUGCUGAAAUCAACAUCUGCGAUCUGGAGCCCUCUCUGGACAUUAAGGAGGGGCUGCUGGACAAUAUGCUGCCCAGCCUGGAGGAGAAAACCCCCAUGGAGACGGCUCGCUCCGUGCCAGACAUAGACCUGAGCAGCUCUCUGGGGGUGUCGGACUGGGAGACCCUGUACAAGUCUGUUUCCAGCGACCUGGAGCCUCUCAGCACCCCCGUGGUGACCUCCACCCCCACCUGCAGCAGCUACCUGUCGGUGUUCACGUUCGCGUGUCCUGAGCUGGACUCGCUCACAGAGGGACUAGACAGCCAUAAAGGCGGAGGAAGCAAGAGCGAAUCGGUCGACAUCCUCAACUCUCCGACUAUCUUAGCCUUAUAAUCAGCAGAGGGAAGCGACCCGUGUGAUCUCUCUGGUGUCUCUGUUUGCAGGUUCCUGACUCUGAGGUGACAUGAACAACGUAUGCCAGAGGAUGCCGUAACACUUCAAGGAGUACGUUCAUGAAAUGUCUUGUGUGUGACUAAGCAAACGUAUAAACUUUCUCCAGAUACAUAGCCAACAGAGUGAUGUAGCUAAAAGCAUGGCUUUUAAUUUAACCGGAGGGACUGAAGUAAGUUUUGAUUUUAAAACGCAUGCUGAGAAAUUCCAAAUAAUUUUCAAAGCUCAUAUAUAUCUGAUCUGUUCCUAGAUCUAAGGUGUAACGUGGAAUUUACCGUGACAGUAUGGUUUUGUGUUUUUUGGUGUCAAUAGUGUAUUGAUUGCUGUAAAUGUUGUAUUUACAUAUUCAUCUAUGUUCAGUAACUACAUACCUCAAUGUCAUCGACUGUGGUUUGACCUCAUUGUUAAAAUGUUGAAAGUUUUCCAUGAAAACAUCCA